ACGGCUACCGGCAGCCUCUUGCAUACUGCUGCCCUGUUAUGGAUUAGUUAUGGUAGCUUAGACAAAAAGGUGUCUGUAUUCUUAUAACUUACGUAACACUGACUGUUGCCUACAAGCUCUUGGCAUUUUUGAAUAAAUGAAUGAAACAAGCCUGAGUUCUCGUUUCAGAGAAGAAUUCAUCUGCAUGGGAAAUGAAUGCUGCAGGGAAGCAGCCUCCAACCCAUCUAGAGCGGCCGGUCAGCCUUCUUGUCCCAACUUGGACUAAAACUGGUAUUGCACAAUUAUAUAAUGAAGGUUCAGAGAAUGCUUGUGAUGUACGUCUCCGACUUACCAAGGAAGCACUAACAAUACAACAACAAGACGUGAUCUGUAUUACAGGUAGUGACCACGGUACAAAUCGCAGAACUGUUACACUUCACAGAGACCCUGUUGGAGGAUUGGGUCUAAGCAUUAAGGGUGGAGCUCAGCAUAAAGUGCCUGUGGUUAUAUCAAAAAUAUUCAAGGAUCAAGCAGCUGACCAGAGUGGAAUGUUGUUCACGGGAGAUGCAGUAAUGCAGGUUAAUGGCAUCAAUGUAGAAAAUGCAACUCAUGAAGAAGUGGUUCAUUUAUUACGGAAUGCGGGAGAUGAGGUCAUUAUCACGGUUUAUUAUUACAAGGAAGCACCAUCAUUUCUUAAGCUCCCAUUAGCUGACUAUGGGGAAUUAAGAGAAAUGACUUCAAAUGGCUCACCUGACCCACCCAGUGAGCAAAGCAGUGGGACUUCUUCUCCUCUAUUUGAUAGUGGUUUACAUCUAAAUGGAAAUACUUCUAAUACGGCACCCUCAUCCCCUUCCUCACCUGCAGUGAAGGAAUUAAAAUAUGAAAAACGCUGGAUAGAUUCCCUUUCGAUUCCUCUAUCAAUGGCUCGGAUAUCAAGAUUCAGGACUUCUGCAAUAAAGUUAAGACCAAAUUCAUUUGAAUUGCUAGCAUUAGAUGGCAUUAGCUCUGGGAUUCUACAGUUUCAUACUGCACAUGACAGUGCUGACUGGCUGAGAGCAAUAUCAACAAACAUCAAUGAUCUGACACUUCAAAAUAUGAAGAUGGUAAACAAAUGCUACUCAUCAUCUGAUCAGAUCACACAUAUGGGAUGGGUCAGUGAAAAAGUGCAAGGGUCUGAUGGAUCACAUGUUUAUAAAUUCAAGUUCCUGGUACUAAAGGGUUCAUCAUUCUACAUUUUCAAGACACCACCAGUAAGCACAUUAGACUGGGUACGUGCUGAAAAAAUGUAUAACCUCUGUGAGGUUCUGUUUAAAAUUAGCAAGGUUUGGCCUGCUGAUGAAAUCUGGAUUCAAGAAAAUCUACAUUUAAGUCAUAAUCAAAAUGAGGAACUUGAUGAUCAGCGGCCAUUUUGCUUUAGUGUAUUAGUGGGACAUGGAAAAAGUCACUAUUUUAGUAUUGAGUUGGGUAGUGAUUUGCAAGCAUGGGAAAAAUCAUUCCAAAGAGCAAUAUUCACGGAAGUCCAAAGAACAGGGUCCAAAACAUAUAUGUGCACCAGUCAAGGAGAUGCAGUGUGUUUCACUGUUGACUUUGCUUCCGGAUUUACAUGUUUUGAUAGCAAAUCAAAGAACAUAGUCUGGCGGUUUAAGUUCUCCCAGCUGAAAGGCUCCUCUGAUGAUGGAAAGACACGUGUAAAACUACUUUUUCAGAAUUUUGACACCAAACAAAUUGAAAUGAAGGAGCUUGAAUUCCCCGAUGUCACAGCUGUUUUACAUUGCAUUCAUUCGUUCAUUGCAGCCAAAGUUGCAUCAAUGGACCCCAUGUUCAUUAACAGCCAAAGUAUUUCAAGAAAAUAUAUAUACAAUACGUAAUAACUGAAGAUACAAACAAUAAAUUAAUUUGAGAACUGUUUUCCUAUGGAAGCAACUUCAUGCACAAUAAACAAAAGAAUGACUUUCUGAAUAAAACAUACACUAUUUUUAAUGGUGUCUCAUGUCUGUCAAUAUAAAUUAUGUUUAUUUGCUUUAUUUAACAUUUUUUCUCAUAUGUAAUUUAUAAUGAACUCUAAAGCACAUGAUUCGUUUUCGUUUUAUGUGGAAAAUCUUAUGAAAUAGCACUUUAAAAUGGCUGCUCCCAAUUUUGGACAGAAAAUAUGAAAUAAUUUGCCAUUCAUAAAGAAAACAAAUAGCAUGCUCAUAGACUUUUAGAAUGUCAUAGAUCUAUUUAGAUAUUACUGCACUGCACUUAACUUUUGCAGUUUUAACAAUCAUUUCUGUUAAUAUAUUUUCUGAUUUUACGUAAUGU